GGAAACCCCUCUCUUUUCCUCGAUGGCCACCUUUUCUUCAUCUAGCGAAGACCCAAUAUCCCGUGUCGUCGACGUGCUGCCUGAUGAAACUGCGCUUCAUCUGGAAUCAAGCCAGGGAUUCGAGGAUUACUAUGACAUUGAUGAAACAGCAGAAUGGAUUUCGAAGGGAGAUUAUCAGCGAGUAGCUCUUCAAUUUCCCGAUGAACUCCUUCACGAUUCCGUACGGAUAUACCGCAGUCUGAGGAGCAAAGUCGGCAGUCGAGACCUCUACAUUCUAGCAGAUACAUCCCACGGCAGCUGCUGCGUGGAUGAGGUCGCUUCUCAGCAUGUCGACGCUACUGCAAUUGUCCACUACGGGCAUGCGUGCAUGAGCCAAACAUACCGCUUGCCUGUGAUGUACGUCUUUGGUAAGAAACAGAUCGAUCUUGAUGACUGCUCGGAGAAGCUCGUGAACAUGGUAUCUGAGCCUCAAGAUCACGUUUUUGUUGUUCGUCAUGACGUUGCCUAUACGCAUGCAGCAGCGAAGCUUGUCGACAAAAUGAGACAAUACCUUAGUACCGAAAUACGGUACUCUGAAGUUCCAAACAAACUGUAUCCGAUGAAUCCAGACCCGACUGUCUCCAAGAUCUCUGAUGGCAUCCCGCAAGCUCAUAUAAACCCCACUGAUGAACCCCAAUCAGCUGACGACGAAUCAUCGAAAUGGACUAUAUUCUACAUUGGUGGGGAAAGCCUGGGCUUAACAAAUCUACUAAUAACCCACUCCUUUUGCGAUGUGAUAUCCUAUGAUCCCGAGUCCAAAACUACCCGUUUGGAAUCUUCACGAACGAACAAGCUUCUUAUGAGACGUUAUGCCGUUGUUCAAAAAGCCCGAGACGCGGAUGUUUUUGGUAUCCUAGUCGGAACAUUAGGCGUCGCAAACUAUCUUCCUCUAAUCAAACACAUUCGGGCGAUUCUAAAACGCGCGCACAAAAAAAGUUAUACCAUUAGUGUCGGAAAACUGAAUCCGGCUAAACUUGCCAAUUUUCUUGAGGUGGAAUGUUUCGUUCUUGUGGCCUGUCCUGAAAACAGUCUUAUCGACGCCAAAGAUUUCUUGCGGCCGAUUGUAACCCCAUACGAGCUCGAAAUCGCCUUGCAGGCAGAACAAAACUGGACGGGCCGGUAUAUCUUGGAUUUUGAGAAGCUCCUCGCUGAACAAGGUCAGUUUGAGGCACAGAACGGAGGAAGUGAGCAAACGGAAGACGGCGACCAGCCUAUGUUUUCAUUAAUAACAGGCAAAUAUCGACAUGCGAAGCGAUACGGAGAUACACUGUCUACUACCGACAUCGAUAGUCAAGCACUCGUAGCACGGAAUGGAGACAGUUCCAUUGCGAGGCUCCCGGAUAGUGCCGCAGGCCACUUCUUGCAAACCCGAACAUAUCGCGGUCUGGACAUGCGAGUUGGCGAAGACUCGCCGAGUGUACUAGAACAAGGGCGCGUCGGCAUCGCAAGCGGGUAUACGGAUGAUCAUUGAGGACGACUCGACGUCGGUGCCUUUUUGACAGGCGAGCGAUCGCGCCCUCGUACAAUAAUAAGUGCUUAGCUGGUUCUGGCCAUCGCACUUUUUUCCCAAGUACCUGGAGCGCCCUGAUAGCACGUUUCAUAUGAUGUCUUAACAGAGUAUCAGCCCUCCGAGCAUCCCUACCAGGUUCAAAUAUAAGACAGGGCGAACAAAUCGGUUUUCUAUAGUAAAGAGACAGCACCCGCUUCUGAUGAUGCAUGAUAUCUUCAAAUCACACAUUGCCCCUCCCUUUUCCCUGAUGAAGAUAAGCAAACCGAGUCCCGACUUUACAGGAGGUAGGUUAUUUUUUAUAACGCCGCACAAUGCACCUGGGGUUUGAUCCCUUUCCACGCACGUCUUAUCUUUCCCACACGUAUAUAAUAAUGGAUGGCGAACAGGGUGCUACUCCGCCAUCGACAUUGUUUCCCGGUCAAAGAGGCAGGCAAUGACGAGCGCUAGU